UUACUCCAACUGACCAGGAAUAUAGACGCAUAUAGAGAAGAUGAAUCUGGAGGAAAGGGGUUACUGGCGGACAAACUACAUUGCCUCUGCUUUAUCAGCCAGGGGCUGCACUUGGAUGAUCUCUGGACCCUCAGAUUGAGCAACACCACAUCAAGAGGCAGGCAGCUCCAAAAAUCAGUGUGAAACAAAGGCAGGGUAGCAGGAAGACGUGAAUCACAGAGUCAAAAGAAAAGCAAAGUUGUGGGAGAGCGUGACUGGGGAGAGCAGCAGUAAGCAGCUGUAAAAAAGAGUUAAACAUUGAUACAAGGCUCUAUUAGGCACAAUGGUGGACAUGGGAUUGUGUCUGAGGUUUUGGGGAGGAGUAUGAAAGAUUUGAAAGGACGUGGGAGGGUGGGGGGUCAGAGGCAAGGGUCCGGUAGAGAGUAAUUGUGGUGACAGCCAGUGCAAGGGGACGAGGACUCAUGUGAGACACAGAGGAAUUAAAAGGUAAAAGACAAGGAGAAGGACUGGCAGACCCAGAAACUGGACUUCAGUAUGGGUGUGAAGAGAAAGGCUGCCUUGGCUAUCUUAGUCCUGCUGGUGUUCCUCGGGUCCCUGUGGCUGCAGGGAGGUUUGGAUUACCACUGGGAUUCCUGUUUAAAAGGUUAUAAUCAGGUGAAUAAGCUUCACCAGCUGUCCAACAGCAGUGGGACCGAUGGGGCUGAGGGCCCAUCAGCCCUGGAGGGGUGCCCCGGUCAGACCUUCCAGGUGUCACUGCUGCUCACCCACCUGUUGGCAGCGCCGGCCUACACCUCGGACGUGCUGCUGCCGCCCUAUCUGUCCAGCUGGGAUGAGCUCGUGAGGUUUAUGGAGGCUCUGGGCCCAAUGGUGGGACUGAUAUCUAAAGAGAUAGAAAGUAAGACCUCCAUUAUUCGCCAGCUGGCCCUUUUGGCAGAGGGGAAUCCUGAAGCAGAGCUGGGCCCAGAUAUAAACUCAAUAAAUUCAGUGACCACAGAGGCCGGGACGAAGAACAAUGUCGAGGCCUCACAGCACGUAGAUGCUUACCACUCUGUGCGCUCCAUGAUCUGGGUGGAGCUGAACAGAGGCGUGGUGGACUUCAAUCACCAGACGGACUCCGGAUGCCGGACUCUUCUGCGUCUGCAUCGGGCUCUGCUGUGGCUGAAGCUCUUCCUGGAGAAAUUGGCUGAGACACCAGUGGCCGGCCGCCUCAGGAGCCCCUCGGAGCUGUGUCGCGAGGCCUAUCAGAGCACGCUCGCCAACCACCACAACUGGUUUGUGCGGAGGGCAGCCGAGCUGGCCUUCAUUGCUAUGCCAGAGCGGGGUUUCUUCUUCAGGCUGGUGUGUGUGCAGGACCAGGAGGAGCUGAGCAAGAUGCUGAGCAGAGUGGUUCAGGCCAUCGGAGAGGUUUAUGACAGGACACAGAAAGCCCUGGAAGAAAAUGGCAUGCUUAACUUGCCAUAGAAGAUGGGACUAUCAGACUGGACAUUAAGCCUCUAUGGCUGUUUUACCAUGUUUUGCACUGUCCUCAUUGUUUCUCGUCUGGCAACUGAUGGUCUUAAAACGAGGAAACAUUAAUGGGCUUGAUUUAUUUUCAGCUAAAGUUUACAAGUGCCAUAUUUUCUUCCCAUCUGAUAUCAUAAUUGUUAUUGUUGGGCCACAAUUAAGCCACGGCAAUACCGAAUAGGAACAAAAAGUGGUUGGUAUUUGUUUUGUUUGGGCCAUAUUCACCAUUUUCCACAUGGGCCAGUGGUGCAGGAACUGGACUUUUCAAAGUAAAAUGAAGGUUUGCAGAAUAUUUCACAGUGAAGGAUUCAGGCAAAGAAGGUCUCUGAGGUGGUCGUCAUGCUUGGUGUGGCGUGCUGCAUGGUGGGUCAUGGCACGGUAGCGUUGUUGUGGGUGAAGCCCUGUUGGCUCUCACUCUGUGAUCAGCAGGUGACAGGCAAAGAACAGGAAGCCAGUCUUCAGGCAGAAGAUGUCCAGGCAUGGAACCUAACAGGCUAGCAGAUAGUUUAUUCACGUGGACAGCGACCAGAACCGAGCCAAUACUGAUAGAUACUACCGCUUAGUCUGACUGUAUUAUCUGGAGAUAAGUAGACUGAAGACCAGGGUUCUUAUACUGCACCACGUGUUCAGUGGAGAUGAGCUGCAGGUGUGCCAAGGACCUGCAGGGAGAAACCACGCCCAGACCUGCCAUACCAAUCACACACACAUCCAUCACAAGCAUGACGGACCAAUCAGAACACACACACACACACACACACACACACACACACACACACACACAGGUGGGAGGGGCAGCGAUCAAACCACUUUACAACCAGAUUACAUACUACUACAUACUAAGACCAGUUUAGGCUCACUCAUUCCUUUAGUCUCACUUCUGCGUGCCAUCUGCAAACCAAAGUGCUGUGUCAACAAUCAAGUAAAUCAGUAAAAAAAAGCCAGUUCACUUUUAGCCAUGACAUUCCUCAUCAAAUAAAAUCAUCUGUUGACUUCUCCUCACCUCAUAAGAAGUUUUAAGGCAGCUGAUAAAGUUUUAAGGCUUGCUACUCACCAAAUGUGAAUGAUUUAAUAAGCAGCUGGACACAUCAACAUGAACACAAUCACCUCCGCUGUAACACAUGUCACUGAAUGGACUGUUGUAUGUUUUUGUGCCAACACCCACCUGUAUGUGAUUGGUAAGUUUUUAUUUCCACAUUUAAAAUGUUAUUGAAAAUGACUGUUUUAAUUGUGGUUAAAUCUUGGGGAUUUAGUUUGCUACCUCACCGUGGGCUAGGUUUAGUGCCUUGUAGACCGAAAAUCUGGGACCAAUCCAGCCUGAUCAAGAGGUGUUACAUAAAAAAAGAUUUAGAGUACGCAGACAUUUUGUAUCAUGUACAGAAUAAUUAAAUAUCUAUAAAAUGAAUAAGAGAGAACGCAGGGGCCUGUUUCAUGACAAAGUCUGUUAAUAUGAUAACUUUGACAUUUAAAUGCCAUUAAGCUGUUGUGUAACACCUUCCAGCAGAGGUACCAGUGCUCUGCUAGUCUUCCCUUUCCUUACAUCAGGAGGAAUAUCAUCUUUGUGGCACACACUCUGAACAUGCCCACAUUUUCCCUUAAUGGCACAAUGGCAGUCUAAAAGCCUUUCCCCCUUAUAAAGUAUGUUUUAAGAAUAUCUUACAUAUCAAAUGUUGAAUAUUGAAGUGCUGCAGAUUAUUUAUGAUUAUAAAUUAUUGAACGUCUGAGUGACGUGGCAGUUAGUAUGUGCAAAUAUCAGUCGCUGGCACUGCUCUUGAUAAGACUAUUUUAAACCUAUAAAUACCUCUAAUGCUACGUAAUCCCGGCUCUCUCCCUUUUCCUGGACUGCGCUCUCUCUUUCUGAGGAGAAGAAAGGAGAGAUAAGGAUAGAGCCUGAGGGCACAGAGUGAGCUGGAGACAGGAGGCGGUUGAAGGUCAGUGAGCAGCAAUACUCUUCGGCCCUAAUCUUGUCAAGCAGUUGGGGGCUAGACUAUUUGUAAAGCAGCUCCUAAAGGGAAAAACUGUCCAACUGGAACAGGAUUCACACAUUUCUGAGCUUGGACCGAUCAACAUGUUUGGCAUUGAAGUAGUAGCAACAAGAAAAAGGCCGAGACUGUAAUCUGUGACCUUUGUCCCAUGAUGUGUGUAGGAAGAUGACGUGUUGCUGGUAUUUUCAUUACGUCUCUACUUCCGCUUGAUAAAAUGCAGAGAUUCUCACUCAUAUGGGGGAUAAGCCAGUCGUGUCACACAGCCAGAAAGACGUUGACUCUUUUGUCUUUCACCACUUCAGUCUGCACAGGUCAACACUUGUGACCCCUGGCGUUGCAGGCUGGGAGGAUUACGGUGAAUGAGAUUACAUUAGAUUCCAUCUGACAUAACCUUUGACACUGACUGACUGGCUUCUUUUUCUGUCCCCCUGCGUACGGCGUAGACACCAUAUGUGAUGACGUUUUGAUUCAUGAUAAAAAGAUGAAGGAUGACUGAGAGGCAUAGAGGCAAAGAUUCAUUUUGAGUUCCCUUAAAUGACAUUUAUUUAUUUCUCUAUCUUGGUUUGCAGUAAACAUGAGCAAAAAUAUACAUACAAUAAGAGCAAAAAAUAAAGAAUCCAGAAUAGAAUUAUCAUCCUUUUUUGGGCGAGAGUAUUCCUUUCUUGAACACCACAGUCCUAGGCAUUGAUAUGAUGUAAGAUGAAGUGAUUAGAUGGGGGUUAAUGGGGUUUCGUGACAUUAUUUCUUAAUUAAAACAUGAAUAUCUGA